CGGCUUCUCUCUCUCUCUCUCUCGUUCCCGAUGGCGAAGCAGCAGAGCCGGGAGCAGGGGAUCACUUUGCGGGGCAGCGCCGAGAUUGUCGCUGAGUUUUUCUCAUAUGGCAUCAAUAGUAUCUUAUACCAACGUGGGAUCUAUCCAGCUGAAACCUUUACGCAUGUCCAGAAAUAUGGACUGACUAUGCUUGUAACUGCAGACUCUGAACUUAAAAACUAUCUGAACAAUGUAGUAGGACAGCUAAAAGAAUGGCUUGCUGAGUGCUCAGUUCAGCGACUAGUUGUGGUGAUCUCCAGUAAGGAAACCAGUGAAGUUCUUGAAAGGUGGCAAUUUGAUAUUGAAUGUGACAAAGCUGCAAAGGAUGAAAAUGCACCAAGAGAAAAAUCUCAGAAGGCUAUUCAGGAUGAAAUUAAAUCUGUUAUCAGACAAAUAACAGCUACAGUGACAUUUCUUCCAUUGUUAGAAACUACUUGUGCAUUUGAUUUACUAGUUUACACAGACAAAGACUUGGAAGUUCCAGAAAAAUGGGAGGAGUCCGGUCCACAGUUCAUUGCUAAUUCAGAAGAAGUCCGUCUUCGUUCCUUCACAACUACUAUACACAAGGUCAGCAGUAUGGUGGCCUACAAAAAGGAUUCCCUUCCUUGACUGGACAGAUGUCUCCAUUGUAUAUAAGUUGUCUUUCUGUAAACCGUCAUAACCAGUUGUAAUCAUAGUCUGAACAGAUCCUGGGGAAUCUAUUGUAGACUAGUUUGAAUAAUGUCAACAGCAAAAAUGCACUUUGUACAUAUCUGCAUUUGAUGACUGGGGCCUUGCUGCUUAUGCCACAGAAACUUUUUACCUGGAGCUGCCUUCCCAGUGCAUGCUUAGUCGUUCCAGAUUUGAUAAUGAAAACACCUUUCUCUUCAGCCUGGAUUAAGGAAUGGCAACAAAGAAAUUCCUCAAGAACAAACAGGAAAAUAGUUGGAUUUUCACCUUGAACCACAUUUGUGGAGAAAUUCUGUGUGGAUGUAUAGGCUAACAAUCCUGGGAUCUGUGUUUUUCUUUCAUUGUGGUAUUUGCACAAUAUAGAAGCUGCAUAAUUUGAGGGGGGAGAGUUACAGGAACUACUGUGUCUAAACAGCCUGGGGUUUUUUCUUCCUUUUGAACAGGAAUGCUUUACUGUAGAUGUCAGUCAAAUUUCUUUUUUAAUGUUUACAUCCUUUUGUAGAA